GUUAGUGAAUACUGUAUAGCCUGCAUUGGAAUUAACGUUGGGCGUUGUCGUUUAUUCGUUGAUACCUGCCUUUUUGGCGAUUUUUGUGUAUAAAAUAGUUUUAAAACAUGCAGUGUAAUUGGAAUUCCGGAGGUGCAUGCGUUUUGUGGAUUUUUAUCGCCUUUCUGCACAAUGUUACAGCGCAAUUGUUGAACAACACAGCGACAUGGUGCACUGUCUCAGAUGGAGAACUGCAAAAAUGCCGAGCUUUUUCAAAAGCAAUUGAUAGAGAAAGCAGUUAUUUCAAAUCCUAUUAUAUUUCACUGAACUGCAUUCAAGCAUUUAACAAGGAAGAAUGCAUGACUCUUCUCGAUCAAGAAAAAGUGCAGCUGACUACUCUGGAUGCAGGAGAAGUUUUCAUAGCUGGAAGAUACCACAGUUUGGUUCCAAUUAUGAGAGAAGUAUACAGCGAAAGAUUAAAUUAUCAAUUCGCGGUUGCAGUGGUGAAGAAGAAUUCUUUACCGGAUGUUGCAACCUUACAUGACCUGAGAGGCAAAAAAGCCUGUUUUGCUGGUGUUGGUACAUUGGCUGGAUGGGUCAUGCCGAUUCAUAUGCUAAUGAAGCAAGGCGGAAUGGAAAUUAUUGACUGCAACAACCACGUGAAGUCAACAAUCAAAUAUUUCGGUCCAAGUUGUGCUGCGAAUUCGUUGAUUGAUAAAUACAAUCCAUUAGGUGACAAUUCUGAUCAGCUGUGCAAAAUCUGUAUUGGGAAAAUACCUGGGGGCAAAUGUACAAAUGCAGAUCCUUAUUCUGGAUACGAAGGUGCAUUUCGAUGUUUGACUGAAGCUGGAGAUAUUGCUUUUUUGGUUCAUACAACAGUACAAGAAAUGACGGCAAAUUUGUACGAAUUUACUGUACAAAAAAAAGAAAAUUUUGAAUUGCUCUGCCCUGAUGGAAGUCGAAAACCGAUUGACGAAUACCGACUCUGCAAUUGGGGUGAAAUUCCAUCUCGAGCGAUUGUAACUUCUUCAGCCACGAAACAAGGCACACGAAAGUUGUAUCAGAGAUUUUUAGAGAUGGCAGCUCGUCGAUUUACCAAAGACGGUGCAAACUCGACGACUGAAUCCAGUAAUACUCGAUGGGAUGGUCGACAAAAUAGCUACGACAACAGAAGUGGUUUCGAUAGGUUCAACUAUGACAGUACUAAUCCUUCAGGAUUUAAUCCCAACUACAAUAACUACGAGAAUCGAAAUGAAUUCGAUAAUCACAAUAAUAAUGAUAACACUAAUUAUAACAAUAAUUACGACAGUCGCGACGGAUUCGACCGAAGCUACAGUGGUUCUUGGGACAAUUUGCGUAAUGAUAGAAAUAAAAGUUCUUUGAAUCCAGAAGGUUUGUCAACAACAGAAGUUCCAUCCAUUGAAACAAUUGAAACCUUCAAUUUAUUCGAAUCAUCUCCAAAAUAUGGCGUUCACCAUAACCUUCUAGUUUCUGAUGCAGCAAGGGAAUUUGUUCCUUUGCCAGAAAAAGAUCAAACAUAUUCUGCAUAUUUGGGAAAGGCAUUAGAUUCAGUUUUGGCUGUGAGACAUUGUCCGGUAAACAGAAUGACUUUGUGUGUCACUUCGGACCCGGAAAUGGAAAAGUGUAUUAAAAUGAAGAUUGCAUUGGAUGCUCAGUUAUUAAAGCCAAAAUUGUUUUGUUACAAAGGACAUAGUCAAAUUCAUUGCAUGCAGGCAAUAAAGAAUGGAAUCGCUGAUGUAGCAAUGCUAGAUGCCAGUGAUGUUUAUACUGCCGGAGUACGCUUUGGUUUGGUUCCUUUCAUUUCUGAAGUUUACAAUCUUGGCGCUCCUGAGUACUACGCAGUUGCGGUUGCUAAGGAAGAGGACAAAGAUACGGAUUUAACUUACCUGAAAAAUAAGUACACUUGCCAUACAGGAAUUAAUACAGCUGCAGGCUGGGUGUAUCCACUCGCAUAUAUGCUUUCUAAUAGAUGGAUGAGGGGAUAUGGUUGUGAUUCUGUUCGGGCGGCCGCCGAAUAUUUCACCAAAUCUUGUGUACCGGGUGCCUUGAGUACGGAGUACAAUAUAGGUGUUCCUUACGACAACAUGUGCGACCUCUGCCACGGUACCAGUUACAGAUAUUGUCGGCGAGACGCAUCUGAAGAUUAUUUCGGAUACACAGGAGCCUUCCGGUGUUUAGUUGAAGGUGGAGGAGACGUGGCUUUUGUGAAACACACAACCGUUGCAGAAAAUACAGACGGAAAGCGCAAGGAAUUGUGGGCUCGUAAUACGUUCACAAAAGAUUUUCAAUUGCUCUGUCCCGAUGGUACUCGUCGCUCGACUUAUGAUUAUCAAAAUUGCAACUUAGGAAAAGUAGCAGCGAAUGCCGUUGUCACUCGAGGAGGAUAUUACGGCUACAACGAAACGCAACUCAAUGCUUAUAUUAAUCUGUUCAUUUACGCCCAACAAUUCUACGGAAGAAAGGACCAAGAUGAGUACAGUUUUAGCAUGUUUUACAGCACUCCACCAUACAGUGAUUUGAUAUUCCAAGACGCCACACAACAAUUGGUUGUGAUUAACAAAGAUAAGAGGGAAUACAUUGCCUAUUUAGGGCCAGAAUUCAUGAGAGCGAGAAGAAUGGUCGAUUGUAAUGCAGGAGCUUCGUCUAUUGCAUAUUCAUUAAUCGGAACUGUAGCAAUGUUCCUACUCACUCUAGUCCUUGGCAGAUGAGUCUUCUUUUUAUAACAUUCCCCAUGUUAGUUAUUUAUCAUCUAAGGGCCUUAAGGGCAUGUGAUACUUAUAAAAUUGUCGAUUUUGCCAGUUUUAGGUUCCGCCGGCUUUUUUUCUAGAAUAAUAAAUAUUUUGUCUUAU